AUGGCUGUUAAAGUUCUAUUUGAUUCAGGAGCAUCAUGUUCAUUCAUGACUAGGACCCUAGGUGAAUGUCUAGGACUAGUCAGUCCAGAAUACAUUUAUGUUAGUUUUGCAUUACCAUCAGGAGAAGAAUUGCAUUGUUCUAAGUUGUAUAGGAAGGUACCUCUACUUAUAGCAGGAAUAGAAUUCCCGUCUGACUUGAUUGAGUAUGAGAUGAAAGACCUAGAUGUCAUCCUUGGGAUGGAUUGGCUUGGAAAAUAUAAGGGUCAUAUCAAUUGUGAGGCUCAAAAAAAAGGGUAUACAUUGUUUAUGUGUAGUGUUCAAGAAAUAAUGGAAGAGGUUGAACCUAGCAAGGUACCAGUGGUGAGUGAGUUUCCAGAUGUUUUUCCUGACGAAAUUCCAGGAAUGCCGCCAGUGAGAGAUCUUGAUUUCACCAUAGACUUAGUGCCCGGAACAAGACCAAUCUCUAAGGCCCCAUACCGAAUGGCACCUGCAGAAAUGAAGGAACUAAAAGUCCAACUGGAUGAGCUGUUGGAGAAAGGCUACAUCAGGCCAAGCUCUUCACCAUGGGGUGCACCGUACUGUUUGUGA